AUGACAUCCCUCUUCCCACAUCCACAAUACGCCGAAGAUCAACCAUAUGCACGUAGCAUCCUCUACCUACACGUCAUGCGCGCUUCAGCCAUGUCCUUUUCUUUCUUCUCGCUUUUCCAGUUUCCGAUCUCCGUCGUUGCAGCUCGUUCCCGCAAAAUAUCGGUCGAUUACAAGACGAUACUGUCUCGUACACUCAAAACAACUGGUCGCGGACUGGUUUUAGGCACAGCAGCUGGUGCACUCAUGACUUGGGGACGUAUGAGGGGUCGAGAGGAAAUAGAAUGGAAAGAUCGUUCAUGGAGAAUACUGGAGAAUGAUGGGGAGGUGAAGACAGAUUGGGUCACACUUGGCGCCGCUGGUGGAGGAGCUGUUGGGGCUAUGUUCGCUGCACGAGGUGGUAGCUUGCCUCUAAGGCUGGGCCACGCCAUACUCGGUGGGGCUGGUGUUGGGAUGGCCAGUGGGGUACCAUACUGA